AUCACUCAAUCAGCUGUUUCUCCAGCAAACAAUUGCAUUAUUUUUGUUUGGUUUGAUUUUUUAGGCGUCGCGUCCGUCCCCCACCAUGUUCGAACGCAACCAAAAGACGAUUUUUGUGCUGGACCACACGCGCUACUUCAGCAUUGCCAGCGAGGAGUACAUAUCCAUGGACUUUCUGAAGGGCAAGCCCUCUGGCCACAGCUCCGGUUCGGGCUCACAGUUUAGCAAGAGUCUGUGGACCUGCGCCUGCGAAUCCUCCAUCGAGUACUGUCGCGUCGUCUGGGACCUGUUUCCGGGAAAGAAGCAUGUGCGCUUCAUAGUCUCGGACACGGCGGCCCACAUCGUCAACACGUGGAGCGCCAGCACUCAGAAUAUGUCGCAUGUGAUGAAUGCCAUGGUCAUGGUGGGCGUACCAUCGCGCAGCAUGCCCCAGUCAUCGGACUACUCGGUGAUCCAUGGGCUCCGGGCGGCCAUUGAGGCGCUGGCAGAGCCAACGGACGAGCAGAUCCAGGCCAUGGCCAGCGGUAUACCCAAUGACCAGAUACUCAACGAGGGACGCGUCAUAUGCAUCACCUCGGCGCGGGACAACACCAGCAUGAAGAGCCUCGAGGACAUCUUCAACACGGUGCUCAUCCAGCAGAAUGUCCUGUCCGCUACGCCCCCAAAGAAGGGAUUGGGCAUCAAUCACUGUCACCUCGUGAUUCUCAAUAUUGUUCCUCUGGGCAUCGAUUCGAUGGUGACCAAUCGCAAUCUGCUCGCAAUUUCGCCGCUGCUGGAUGUGGAAAUCCAUACAGUGGGUGCCCCGGACAUAUCCUACAAGCUGACACAUCUCAUUCUGGAUCACUACGAUCUGGCGAGCACAACGGUGACGAAUAUACCGAUGAAGGAGGAGCAGAACGCCAAUUCCAGUGCCAACUACGAUGUGGAGAUCCUGCAUUCCCGCCGUGCCCAUUCCAUUACGUGUGGCCCGGACUUCAGUCUGCCCACCAGCAUCAAGCAGGGGGCAACAUACGAGACGGUGACCCUCAAAUGGUGCACACCACGUGGCUGCGGUUCGGCUGAUCUGCAGCCGUGCUUGGGCCAGUUUCUGGUCACGCCCGUGGACGUUACGUCGCGGCCCAGCUCCUGUCUGAUCAACUUCCUGUUGAAUGGACGCUCCGUCCUGCUGGAGAUGCCCCGAAAGACCGGCUCCAAGGCGACCAGCCACAUGCUGUCUGCCCGCGGCGGAGAGAUCUUUGUUCAUUCUUUGUGCAUCACACGAUCCUGCAUGGACGAGGCUCCGUCCAUUACCGACGGCCCCGGCGGACGAGUGACCGAUUAUCGCACAUCGGAGCUGGGACAGCUCAUGAAGAUGUCGCGCAUGGUGCCGCUUAAAUCCAGAGAUCCUGCAGCUCCGAAUUUGCCCCGACGAUUGCCCCGCUACUUCCCCUUGACCACCACCUCGACAGUGCUGUUCCAUCUGCAGCGGCAUCUGAGUUGGCUGCCGCACUUCCUCCAUCUGCUGCUCAAGGAGGAUAUGGACAAACAGGACGAGGUGCGCUGCCAGCAGCACAUCCAUGAGCUCUACAAGAGCGCCUCUCGAGGCGAUGUCUUACCCUUUACCCACACGAACGGAGCGCGUUUAAAGCCCCACAAGGCCAAGGAUCAGUAUCGACUGCUGUACAGGGAGUUGGAGCAGCUCAUCCAGCUGAAUGCCAGCACAGUGCAUCACAAGAAUCUGCUGGAGAGCCUGCAAACACUGCGCGCCGCGUAUGGCGAUGCCCCCACCAAAUCGGAUGCAGGCACACCCACACUCCGUUCCUUUACGGAGUCUCCCCUGUCGCCCGAGCGCCUGGAGGCCAUGAGCAGUGCCAGUAAUGUCAGUAGCAGCAUCAAUUCCAAUAGCCUGCUGAAAGCCAGCAAGCGACGCAUGUCCAACUGUGGUACAAGAUCUUUGCUGGACAUCAUUUCCUCUGCUGAGCGGAGUCAGUCCAAUAAACGUUUAGACUUCUCGGGUCGCAUCUGCACACCCAACGGACAGAUUGCCAAGCUGUAUCCCGAUUUUGGUAACAAAGAGAAGGAUGCUGCUGCCGCCGCUGCUGCUACUGCAUCGGGAGUUGGUGUCGUGCCCAAAGAGGAGACUAAUCGGAGCUGAAA